AUGGCGCGUCGAUGCAGCAGUCUUCCGGUACCAAGAGAACGGGCAAUUUACCGUCCUACUUCUGAAGCGUGCCAACGGCACGGCCACACAUGGAUAACGACUAUCGCCGAUUCCCUGAAGCGCAGAGUCCUCGACAAGACAGGUCUUGGACUCCAGGGCUACUACCACAUCCGGGAAGUAGAAUCAUUGACGUGGGGAUCUGAAGAACAGGUAAUUACGAAACUCAACUUUGUGAUCCAUGAUACAUCUGCCAACAUCGUCGCAAUCCACGCUCUGAAUUAUUCGACCAUCAAUGGGUGGAGGAGGAACGAAUUGACUCUCUCUCUCAUCCCUGUCGCAAUGCAGGAUGUGAUACGCGAGGGAUUUGAGCCACACCGCUAG